AUGUUUAAGACAAUCUGUGUACUUUUAGCAGUUGCUUCGAAUAUUGCAGCCGAGUCUUCAACUUCUUUGGAAAGUCAAGUAGUAUCUGCUACUACUUACGUUCAAAGCGACUCAACAUCGGAUGUUUGGACCGAUAAUUGGGAAAAAAGUUUCCCUAUUCACACCUCCUGUAACCAAACCAAGUUCAAUCAAUUGAGUGCUGGGUUGGAUGAGGCAAUGCAAAUCGCUGCUCAUGCAAGAGAUCACACUCUUAAAUACGGAAACAAUUCUGAAAUUUUCAGAAAGUAUUUUGGAAGUGGUCUCCCUGCAACCGUCGCUGGUGUUUUUGACAGUGUUGUCAAUGCAGAAAAGAGUGGCAUGUUGUUCCGUUGUGACGACAUUGAUGGUAACUGUAAGUUUGAUGGCUGGGCUGGUCACUGGAGAGGUGAAAAUGGUACAGAUGAAACAGUGAUCUGUGAUUUAUCCUUCACCACAAGAAGAAGGUUAUCUCAAUUAUGCUCUCAAGGUUGGACUGUUGCCAAUAGCAAAGAUAAUAUCUUUUGGGCAACUGAUUUACUUCAUAGAUUCUGGCAUACUACUGUAUUGGGUCACGGUAUUGUUGGUCACUAUGCUGAUGGAUACAAGGAUUCACUUGAAUUGGCUUCUAAAAACUCAUCUUACGCGGUUAUUAACUCUGUUUCGUUAAGACUCUUUGCCCUUGAAGUAUAUGCUUAUGAUAUUACUGUUCCGGGUGUGGGUUGUUCAGGUGAUAGCGGUUCAUCAAGUGUUGUUAAAUCUUCCUCUACCACCCCAGUGGCAGCUACUCCCACUUCAACAGAUGACCAUGAUGAUCACGCUCACGCUUCAGACGACCACGAUCACUCUCACACUUCAGACGAUCACGACCAUGCCCAUAGUACAGGAGGUACUGAGUGCCAUACCCAUGCAGAUGGUGUAGUCCAUUGUGUUUAA